AUGAACCUCUCCUUCCGGUCCCCCCACCCCACCCCUCUCAAAAACUCGUACACCUCGAAGGAACAACGCAAGGCCAAGAUGAACGGCGGCGGGGCGAGCGCGACCUCGAGCGGCCGAGGCAUAGAGUCGGCACCGUCGGCGACGAACGGCGAGGGUGAGCCGCGGGACGACCACGCUAUCGCCGCGACCGGCCCCGCUUCCGCCGGGACCGCUACUGCUGCUGCUGUCGCAGCCCCCUUCGCCCCCGCUAGCGUCGCCGCGACCGCCGACCGCGGCGCUCAACGGCCGUCUCGCCCCUACGAGGCUCUGCUGGCGGGGUCUUUAGAGAAGUUCGAGGACGAUCAUCGUCACGGGGACGGUAGCCGGGAUGACGGCGGCAGUGGUGACGCUACGGAAAAAGCGUCCGCAGGGAGUCGGGCGCGGGGUGCCCGAGGCGGGCGACCGUUGUCCUCGGGCGGUAAACCUACAUGUAGGUUCAAUACCAUCGGAGGUCGAGGGAAGGACGUCGAAAGGGAGGAGAACUGUAGGCAGAAGAAGCGACAGACUCGGGCGAAGGCGCGGCCGAAAACUGCAGGGGCAGGGUCCGGAGGAGUACAGGGCGUGAUUGCGAGGAUGGGCGGUUACGAGAAGGUGAUGGCCUGGGAUCUCACUCAGGGGGCAGGGGGAACUGACGUUGCCGCUACCGGACCCGUUGCCGCCGGCCACGGCACCGGGGGAAGCACCCGAGAAAUAGGGGUCUCCCCUGACCCCUCCCUCGUUGACGAGUCGCCGGUGGCCAAGAACCACGCAACGUCGAGGCUGUCGGGAGUAGCAGCAGCCAAGACGAACGGGAAAGAUCAGCAGGAGCGGGCUAGCGCCAGCUCUUCGGGAUUGGAGGUCAGCGAGAGGAACGUCGGAGGAGCCCGCGACGAAAACCUUGAGGAGCACGUCCCGGUGGCCCUCGCGGGACAUCACGUCGACGGCUCCGCCGAACUUUUACGCCACACCGGUGAAGAUCCCGGGGCAUCGCCGACAGCAACACGGCGACUUUCGGACUGUCCUCGUGGAAGACGAGUCGUCGGCGGAGGCGGUGGCGGUGCUGCUGAGGACACGAACUUGGCUGCAAGCACAAGCGACGAUGACGGUAGCACAUUGACAGCGGCGAGCGCGGCCAGUGCGAGGAGCUGCAAGAGGCGAACCCCUCCCGCCCCGCUUACCGACGACGAGCGCAUGAGCAUGCUCCAACACAUCAGACCUUCGGUGUUUGGCGAGCCGACCGCGUUCAGCCAACGGCGCCGUGCAGCGGUGACUGCCACUCGCCCGCGAUCUGCCGCAGCCGGGGCCAUCGAACACUCUGGGCAUCAAGGAGGCAUCCCGGGCGGUUACCACCACCAGCCUCCCCGUGCAUCAACAGCCCGAAGGACGUCGCGUAGAGGAGAGUCAGACUCAGUAUACCGGGGUAGCGGAAUCGGGGCUCCGAAGCACAGAGGUGUUCUGGUCCACGACGGCUGGGUCGCCGGGCAGGGCGAGCCAUCGUCGUGCGCGUUUUCGACUUCGACGGGAACAACACCGGCUUCGUCAAGUCUCCGGGGAAGCCGCUUUGUCUCCAGCAGUGGCGACGGCGGUGGUGGCAGAGGGGGAGGCGCAAGACCGGUAUCGUUGUUGAACAGCGUCUCGCUCGGGGUAAACUUGGGGGUGCUGGACGCGCUCUCGGACACCACGAUCUCGGCAAGUGCCGCCAACGCCUUUGCCUCCGCUGCUGCGGGGUUAGGAAAGUCGACCGCGAAGCCUCACCUGCCGGCGACUCUAACAACCUUGGCGCGUCCAGGCGGGGGAAGAAACAACGAAGAUUGGCAACGGUAUCAAUGA